AUGUUAUUAAAAUUAGUCCUUCAUGAUGGAAAGUAUGUACUCCAUAAAAGAUUUCUACAUUGUCAUCAAGCUUUCCUACAAGUAUUUCAGCAUCAAAAAGUCAACACCACAUUAACCAAUGCAGGUUAUAGGAAAUGGCAUUCUUCCUCACUCUUUCCUAGUCGGAAGUUUUUGGAUCUAGUCAAACCAUGUGUCACUGGUGAAAGACUCCUAUUUAGCCACAAUAAAAACUGUGAUAAUACUCAAAUUCAAAAAACUGAUUGUGAACUACUGGAUCAAGUAGACUGGCAGCUUGUAAUUAAGAGAUUACAACAUGACAGUAAAACACCUAAACCUAAGGAGGGCUUGUAUUUAUUCAAAAGAGAACCCAAUUAUGAAAAAAUGGAAAAUACUAUUUUAUACGAGGAAGAGCUACACAGGGAAUAUGGUUUGACACCAAAGGACGUGGAAGGUUUACCCAGAGAGAAAAUGAGAAGUGGCUGGUCCUUAUCCCAGACAGAAGACAUAAAGUACGGAUACAGAAAACAUCUAGUCCAUGCUGUGGCAUUAAAAAAAUGGGGUUCAGAAGAGGCCAUAAAAUUGCGUAGACUAAUUAUCAAAAGGGAAAUGGACAAAAAAGAGGAAUAUGCAAAUGAGCAAAAGAAUUAUGAUAUAUUUACCUUUGGAUUCAGGGACAGACAAGGUCGAGUUAUUUCUAUUGCUCUGGUUGUGAAUUUAACAGUAUGCUUGAUGAAGAUGGUUGUUUAUGCCUUUUCCAUGUCUCCAAGUAUGCUGGCAGAGUUUCUUCACUCAAUGUUGGACACCGCUAAUCAAGGAAUGAUAUAUUGGGGCCUGUAUGUUUCGAAGAAGGCACCAGAUAAACAUCACCCGUAUGGCUAUGCCAGUUUUCAGAACAUCACCUCUCUCUGCAGUGGAUUCUCCUUCUUUGUAUUUGGAUUUUUACUCUCAUCUAUCAUGAAUUUCUAUUUUUUCCUUGGAGCAGAAACCUCACUAUCACUUGUUCAUUUAGGAGUCAUGUAUCUAACAUUCAUUAUGGAGGGAUUUUCUCUUUUCUUUGCUACAAGAGAACUGAAACGAAAAGCUAAAGAAAGGGACAUGAAGUUAUUUCCCUAUAUCAGACGAGGCUUUGACCCUAAUGUAGUGGUAGUGUUUAUGGAGGAUAUGGCAGCAGUGUGUGGUGUGCUGAUAGCAUCUGCUGGAAUGACCCUGUCACAUCUCUAUGCUCAGCCAUUCUGGGAUACAGCAGCAUCUGGUUGUGUAGCUGGUCUGAUGGGAAUGGUGGCUGCCUACCUGAUCAGAUCCAACAUUCCAGCUCUGGUUGGAAAAUCAAUUCCAGAGGAUGAAAGGAAGGACAUGGCAGAUUUCCUGCAAAGUGACAGAAUUGUAAAAUAUGUCUCUGAUGUUAAAGCUGUGGAGAUAGGACAUGAAGUUAGAUUUAAGGCUGAGGUAGCUUUUGAUGGUAAAGAAUUGGCUCAGCUUCUGUUUGAGUCUAAAGAAGGCAUGGACAUUUUAAACGGCUUUAAAAAUGUAACCAAGGAUGAGGAUGCUGUUGAGUACAUGAAGAAAUUUGCUGAUGAACUUCAGAAUAUUCAGGGAAGAGAAGUGGACAGGAUAGAAAGACAAAUGAAAGCGGAGUUUGAGGGAAAGUACCACAUAAAAUUAAGACAUGUAGACCUGGAGCCAUUAUAAUGUAUACUAAAGAUUAGUAAAUCAAAAAAUCCCAGUGUUGCAACAGUGUUUAGUAUGACAAUGAUACAAGAAUUUUAACAGGAAAAUGUAACCCAAAAGGAUUCAUUAGCUUGACUUUUUUUAUGUGAUAAUUCACAUAGAAGUAUUAAUUUUUAAAAUGUUUUUCAAUGAAAUGUGAAAUACUUCAGAAUUCCAUGUGUAUAAAGGACUGUGCCUCCUUAGAAUAUGCUUUUUGGAUCUCUGAUUUUUACAUACAUGUACGAAUAUUUCCUGACAGUAUUAGGCUGCAGCUAUACUGAAGAUGACCAAAUUUUUGGUGACACCUUAUUUUUUAGACUCUGAGAUAGUUUUAUGGUAAUAAUAAGCAAAACAAAAUCUUCAGAAUUUGAUUAUUUCUGUACAGUAUCAUGAUAAAUCAAAUAUAUGCAAGAAUAUAUGCAAGAAUAAAUUUUUUGCAAUUACACAAAAAUAAAGUUUUAGCAAAUAAAAAAAGUGAUCUUCAGUAUUUUGUGAUCCAUGAUUCACUCUCUGGCUACUGCCGUUUGCUUAGAUGGUGAAGUACAGCCUCCCAUUUGAUGGAGAUAUCCCCCCCUUUCUCUCUCUCUUACAAGAUUGUACUGCAGACUGCAUAUUAAAAGCUGUAGCCAGAGAGUGAAUCAUUGAUUAUAAACCAAAGAUAUGAUGAAGGUAACAGAUUGCAUAGUUUAAGUACAAGAGUACAGAUGUGGGAUCAGUUCUCAUGAACUAUGAUUGUGCUGCAUAUAUACAUGUAUUUAAAAUCUAUACAGACAAGAUUUAUAUGUUAUAGUUUUUGUGCAGUUGUAGUAGAAUUAAUUUAAAAAUUGCCUUUGAAAAGCAUGCAUGAAAAUGAUUUGUAAAACUGCAUGAAGUGAGAUUUAUUAAAAAGUUAUGGAGACUUGUACAUUAAGAAUUUUGUAGAGAAAACG